GCUAAGUUAAAUUGUUUUUAAGUGAUUGAAGCAUAAAAAUAAAGCGGUUUGUAGAUUAUACUUUGUUUCUCAUUUACAAUAGGAGUAUGUGUGAUUAAUACUACAAUUACUCGUAUUAGUAAAAUUUCUAGUUUAUAUGUUGCCUCAUUUAAAGCUAAUUGAGUAAUUCUAAUUUCUAAAACUUACCCAUAACUUAAGUUAUAAAUAUAAGUAUAACUAGUUCAGUAAUUGACAAUAUAAAUAUAUAUCAACCACACCUAUAGGCUGUAUUGUAAAUUGUAUGCUAUAUCCAGUGCCGAUAACUAUAAUAAUCUGGAUUAGUAAGCGGUUGUUGUUCGCAUUUGCAAAUCAUGUCACUAAACAGAUUUAUGCAUCCACGCAACAUUUAUCGAACUCCACCAGACUUUAAAGAACUUGCAGUAACAUAUCCUGAAUUUCGUAGACAUGUAAAACAAGAGCUGUCUGGAAAAAUUUCACUUGACUUUCAAGAUCCAGCAGCACUGAGAGCACUCAGCAAAACUUUGCUCCAUAAAGAUUUUGAUCUAGAAGUGGACCUCCCAUCGGAUCGUCUUAUCCCAGCUUUGCCUCAAAGACUGAAUUAUAUAUUGUGGGUAGAGGACUUGCUUGAGAUUGUAAAAGAAGACAGUGCAAGUGAUGUGUUGGAAGGGGUUGACAUUGGAACAGGAGCAUCUUGCAUUAUACCCUUGAUUGCAUGUAGAAAAAACAAAUGGAAAUUUGUUGCUACUGAAGUUGAUGCAGAAUCCAUCAGUUUAGCUCAGAAGAAUGUAGAUAACAAUGGCUUAAAGGACUCCAUCCAGAUAAUUCAGACAGAAUCUGGUUGCGUUUUGAAGGAAGUUGUGGAAGAAGUAGGAAAAAAUUUUGAUUUCUGUUUUUGUAAUCCUCCUUUCUUCCGUGAUCAAUGGGAGGCUAAUCCAGAAGGAAAGUCUCGUACUCCUAAUCGUCCACCACCAAUUUCUGCUAAUAGUGCCAGUGAUGUGGAAAAGGUGACUGAAGGAGGGGAAGUAGAGUUUGUUCGAAAGAUGAUCCAAGACAGCCUGGCCUUAGGCACUCAAGUCAGAGUAUACACCACAAUGCUAGGAAAAAAGAAAAGCUUAAAGAUUAUAAAGAAUGAGCUGAGAAAACAAAAGGUUGAACAGUUUACAACCACAGAAUUCUGCCAAGGUAGAACCAUGAGAUGGGGAGUUGCAUGGACAUUUAUGAAAGGGGUUGACAUUAAGAAGGCUCCUACCAUGAAGCAUGAGAAGCCAAAGCCACCACUGAUCUAUAUUAUUCCAAAUGAAUUAAAAGAAACAGAGUACAGUCUUUCUGAAAUUCUAAGCAAGAUAAAAGGUUUGAUGGAAGAACUAAAGAUAACGUAUCAAGUGACACAUGAAGGGAAGCACUCUGUACAUAUUUCACUUCAUGCAAAUGAAAACACAUGGUCACAUCAGCGAAGAAAGAAAAGGAAACUGAUUCAUAAGCAGAAACUUGCAAAUUCUAAAGAAGAAAAAAUCCAACACAUUACAAAUGCUCCCAUUUCAGAGCAUAGCAAACAGGAAACCUUAGGCUCUUCAUCCCUCCUAACUGCAGGAAAUAAUCAAGAUUCUGGUGAAAUCAAAACCAAAAGUAAAACAGAAGAAUAUACAAAAAAGAUAUGUGAGAAAGACAAUGAUUCUUACACAGUAGAAGAUUCUAAGAAUCUUUUUUCCAAAGACCUAAAUGGCUGUAAGACUCACAUGGAAAAGGAAGAGACUUCUUAUGACAUCCCUGAAGAUCAGCUGUUUACUAAAGACAAACACUCAUUUCAGUCUUCAUCUGAUGUGAAUUCAGUAGCCCUGGAAAACACUAGUGACAGCAAAAGGGAAGAAGAAAGUAACUUCUUAAGUCAACAAGCAGCCAAGAAACAAAAAAUGGAGAGCACUUCAUCUGAAGCUACAGAUUCUUCAGGUAAGGAGGGUGAAAUAUCCACAAAACGACCAAGGGUUGGUGGUUUAGAUGUUCCUGGAUCAUAUUUGCUAAAUUGUGAUCUUCAACUAAAAAAAGAAGGGAACAUGAUUAUAUUAAAACUACUUUGUAAAGAUGGUGCUUCUGGCAGAGAGCCAAUGCACCAGGUUUUACAGUUUAUAAAAAACAGAUUAAAAUAAAAGGGAUUUAUCUAGUAUGUUUGUUCUCAUAUUUUGCAUUAUGAACUUUUAAGUAAGUUUGGAAAGCAUUUACAUAUUCAGUUGUGAUGUCUUAUUAUAACACAAAAUAAAAUGUUUCAGAUUUUUAACAGGUUUCCAAAAUAGGAAAAGGAUAACAAUUACGUUUGUCAGCACUAAGAGGGCUAAAUAAUGGAUAUAUAUUUUGCAGUAGUUUUUAAGAUACUUUAAAUAUUGAUAAAGCACCUUAAUGCUAUUAUGGUUUGAUUUUUUUUUUUUGCAUUUUUUAUGAUAAGGAAGGUGUUGUCUAGUAGUUAGUAUGUCACACGACAGAUUGUGAAGUCCAAAGUUCGAGCCCAACAUUUGCAGCUGUGCGAGUCUUAUAACUGUUACAAUCAAUUCUGUUAUUUGUUUGAGAAAAGUUGCAAGUGCUGCUGACUGUUUACCCUCCUCUGAAUUAGUGAUGGCUCUGUCUGUACCUUAAAGAUCUAACUUAGCUGAUCAGCCCAUAUGCCACAGUAAGUGCCAUUCAGGGUGAAAAUACCAAAUUUGAUUGACUUCAGCUUAAGUUAACUCAGUUGGUAGAAUUAAAUAUCUAUAAACAAAUAAAAAAUUCAGCAUCUAUCAAAAUCUGUAAACUACUUCUCUAAUUCUCCUCUUACUGAAUAGGUUGCUUCAUGACAAUAAAAGAAAUGAUUUCUUGUUGUGUGAUGACUGACUUCUAAUGUGUGUGUGUAAUUACAGUAAUUUAACAAAUGUGCAGUUUCUAAACAACAAAAAAGUCAAUUUUAUUAUAAACAAAGUAUUUAAUAAGACUUGGCAGUUUUUCAAAAGCAGAACUGCAGUAAAUUGUAAUUGAAUUUUCAUCAUCACCCAUGGAUAUAUUACAAUAGUUUAGUUUUAUUUAUCCUCACCUGUCUCUUCAUUUUUAAUAAUGAUAUGAGAAAAUAUGUAUUCCGUGUCAGAGUUGUCUGUAUUGAUAGUUUAACCAUAUCUGUAUACGUGCAAGUAUCAUGGAAGAUUAAUCAUGUUAUGUUAACUACAACUAACAAUCUUGACAUGUUUGUUGUUCAUGUGAAAAAAUAUAUUGUUGGUAUACCAAAAAUUGUUUGUUGAUAACCUGCAAGGCUAGAAAAUACUUUGUAGUAAAAUUUUCUUUUCAGCAGCA